CGCCACGUGACGUCAUCACGCCAACGCGUUAACUAGGGCGUGACGCAAUCGCGUACGCACGCCGCGAGUGAAGGAAGAAGAGAUCUGCGGAGACGGAGAUCGCGGCGGCGGCGGUAGGAGGCGGCAGGAGACGGCAUGGCUCGGCUCGCUUGGCUCGCACUCGGGGUCGCUCUGCUCGCGGCGGCCACGGCGGUGACGCGAGGCUUGGAACAAGAUAGGAACCAGGUGCACUUGCCCGAUUACUGUGUGUGGUACGGAGAGUGUGGAUUGAAUCCACAAACCCAGAAGGCUUACAACUGCUUCUACAAUGGCACGGCUAAGCCUCUUCCUCACGAAGGCUACGAACUCCUCAAGGAGCUGUGUCCCAGCAUGGUGCAGGAGAACGUGUCCACGUGCUGCAACGUUAAGCAGCUGAGAACCCUCAAGGAGAACAUGGCGUUGCCCUUGCAGUUCCUGUCCAGAUGCCCCUCCUGCUUCUACAACUUAAUGACCUUUUACUGUGAGCUGACGUGCAGCGUCAACCAGAGCACUUUCCUCAACGUCACACAGACCGAAUACUCCAACACCACAGGAACGAGCAUCACCAGACUUCAGUACUACAUCUCUAAAACCUUUGCAAAUGGGAUGUUCAACUCGUGCAAGGACGUGACGUCGCCCUCCAGCAACGACAAGGCCCUGGGGCUGCUGUGUGGGCGCGACGCCAAGGACUGCAAUGCCACUAAUUGGAUUGAGUACAUGUGCAGCACGAGCAAUGGGCAGACCCCCUUCCAGAUCGACCCCGUCUUCACCGACGCGCCGGAGGACCCCAUGGUGCCCAUGAACGUAGCAACACUCGGCUGUAACAAGUCUGUGGAUGAUGACACGGGGCCGUGCUCUUGCCAAGACUGUGCGUUGAUGUGUGGGCCCAAGCCACAGCCACCCCCCACCCCUCCUCCUUGGACCAUCUUUGGCUUGGAUGCAAUGGUUGUCAUCAUGGUCCUCAGCUACAUGUCAUUCCUCUGGAUCUUCUUAAGCAUCGUCGUCUGCAUGUUCUGCUAUUACAGCAAUCCCGUGGGGGCCGAGUCGGACUAUGGUCCCAUCUCGCACACCACCAAAGCGAGCAACACCAUCAACGGAGACCCCAGCCCCAACGCCCAGAGCGUGUCGCUGUUCGAGCGCCUGGGAGAGCGGUUUGAGAGCUCCCUGCGCGAGGGGUUUGCGCGCUGGGGCGCCACCUGCGUGCUGCACCCGUUGCCCGUGCUGCUCUGCUCGCUGGUGCUCGUGGCCGUGUGCUCAGCGGGGCUCGCCCUGAUGACCAUCACCACCGACCCCGUGGAGCUGUGGUCAGCGCCCAGCAGCCAGGCUCGCCGCGAGAAGGACUACUUCGACUCGAAGUUCGGGCCCUUCUUCCGCACGGAGCAGCUGAUCAUACAGGCCAUUGAUAUGAACUCGUCCACCUACUCUCCUUACCCAUCGGGAAAUGCUGUGCCGUUUGGUCCACCUCUCGGCCUGGACAUUCUCUUCCAGGUGCUGGACCUGCAAACAGCAGUGGAGAUGAUGGAAGUGCCCCACAAUGGAACCAAAGUCACACUUAAGGACAUCUGCCUUGCCCCACUGGCACCCACCAACAACAACUGCACCAUCAUCAGCGUACUCAACUACUUCCAGAACAGCUACAAGCAGCUAAAUCGUACCGUGGGUGAUGAUUUCUUCGUCUGGGCCGACUAUCACUCUCACUUUCUCUACUGCGUACGUGCUCCGACUUCAGUGAAUGACACGACCCCGCUGCACGAUCCCUGUCUGGGCACGUUUGGGGGCCCUGUGUUCCCGUGGCUCGCUCUGGGAGGCUAUGACGGUGAUAAUUACAACAACGCCACGGCCCUGGUCAUAACCUUCCCUGUUGUCAACUACCACAACAACUCGGAAAAGAUGGCUGCUAUUUUGGCAUGGGAACAAGGGUUCAUUGAUCUGGUGAAAAACUACAACAACCCCAAUCUGAGCAUCGUCUACUCGGCGGAACGCAGCAUUGAGGACGAGAUCAACCGGGAGAGCACUGGCGACGUGCGCACGGUGCUCAUCAGCUACGCCGUCAUGUUCGUGUACAUCUCUCUUGCACUGGGACACAUCCGGAGCAUCUUCACGCUGGCGGUUGACUCAAAGAUCUCACUGGCCAUGGCAGGGAUCGCCAUUGUCCUCUGCUCCGUGUCUUCCUCUCUGGGCAUCUUCAGUUACGCGGGCAUCCCACUUACACUCAUCGUCAUAGAGGUCAUCCCCUUCCUCGUGCUGGCCGUCGGCGUGGACAACAUAUUCAUCCUCGUGCAGGCUUACCAGAGAGACGAACGCCGUGCGGAAGAGAAGGCACAUGAGCAGAUUGGCCGGAUCCUGGGAGAUAUUGCUCCAAGCAUGCUGCUGACCUCCACUUCGGAGACCUUGGCCUUCUUUCUGGGCGCCUUGUCCGAUAUGCCGGCUGUGCGCACCUUCUCGCUGUUUGCUGGCAUGGCUGUGCUCAUCGACUUCCUGCUGCAGGUCACCUGCUUCGUCAGCCUCAUGGGCCUCGAUGCGCGGAGGCAGGAGGAGGGUCAUUUCGAUAUCGUGUGCUGCUUGAAGACCAGCGUUCCUCCGCCGGAUGAGAGUCAGCACGGCCUGCUAUUCCGGUUUUUCAAGAAUCUCUUUGCUCCCGUGCUGCUGAGCGAGUGUGUGCGGCCUGUUGUGAUGUCGGUGUUUGUGGCGGCGCUUGCCUUCAGUGUGGCUGUCGUCAACAAGAUUGAAAUCGGUCUGGACCAGAGGCUCUCCAUGCCUGAUGAUUCUUACGUGUUGACGUACUUCACCGCGUUGAACCGUUUCCUGCACUCGGGCCCGCCGGUGUACUUUGUGGUGGAGGACGGUCACGACUACUUGACCCUGGAGGGACAGAACGUCAUCUGCGGAGGGGUCGGCUGCAACAACAACUCGCUGGUGGAGCAGCUCUACCUCGCUGCGCAGCUGCCCAACUACACCAGGAUUGGCUACGCUCCGUCCUCUUGGAUCGAUGAUUACUUUGAUUGGGUGAAGCCACAGUCCAGCUGCUGCAGAGUGUUUAACUCCACUGGGGACUUCUGCAAUGCAAGCCUGCCCGGCCCGGAUUGCGUUCCCUGCCGUCCACUCACGCGAGAGGGAAAGCAGCGACCGCUUGGCGAUAACUUUACUCACUUCCUGCCCAUGUUCCUCUCCGACAACCCAAGCAUGUAUUGUGCAAAAGGGGGACACGCAGCGUAUGGCAGUGCAGUGUCGGUGAAUGGCUCCCACGUUGGCGCCACCUACUUCAUGAGCUACCACACCAUCCUCACUGAGUCAGGGGACUUCAUUGCUGCCUUGAGGAACGCUCGCACCAUCGCCACCAACAUCACAGCCGCCCUUGGCCCCACGCUGUCAAAAUACAGGGUCUUCGCAUACAGCGUUUUUUACGUCUUCUACGAGCAGUACCUGACCAUUGUAAACGACACGGUGUUCAACCUGAGCCUGUCGCUGGGAGCCGUCUUCCUGGUCUCCAUCCUGCUCCUGGGCUUGGAGGUGUGGUCGGCGCUCACCUUGACCCUCACCAUCGCCAUGAUCCUUACCGACAUGCUGGGCGUCAUGUGGCUGUGGGGCAUCAGCCUCAACGCCGUGUCUCUUGUCAACCUCGUCAUGUGUGUGGGGAUAUCGGUGGAGUUCUGCAGUCACAUCGUGCGUGCGUUCUCAGUCAGCACUCAGCCCACCCGCGCACUGCGCGCCAAGGAGGCUCUGGCUCACAUGGGUAGCUCGGUGUUCAGCGGCAUCACGGUGACCAAGUUUGGUGGGAUUGUAGUGCUGGCCUUCUCCAAGUCGCAGAUAUUCAAGAUCUUCUAUUUCCGCAUGUACCUCUCCAUGGUGCUGCUGGGGGCAGCUCACGGACUUAUAUUCCUGCCCGUCUUGCUCAGCUAUGUUGGUGCGCCGGUGAACAAGGCCAAAGUGUUGGCUGCCCUGGAGAGGAGGAAGGGCACCGAGAGGGAGUCCCUGGCAGGCUCCUCCGUUCGGACUCGCUUCUCCGUAGGAGGGUGGUAUUAAUGCCUGGAGCCUUGCGCGCACACACACAAACACGGCUGGAAACAUGCACAAACGUGUGGUGGCCCUACAGGCAGAUGCUUCACACAGACAGGCACGCACGUGAUACACUGUGACACUCGGAUGGGUGAAAACUGAAAAUCAAGUUGUACGCGCAUGGGGGUGCGUAUGACCGAUUACAUUAAGCAACAGAUCUAAAGCACGCAAGCUGACUUCUCAUUCGCAAAUUACACAGAAUUGGAUGUGCAUUACAGUCUACGCCUGUCCACAAUUAUCAUGCCCUGCACGCAGGCACUGGGUAGACUUUGUUGUGCAUGUGCACACUAAGUCUCUGCAUUAUUCACACGUAAGUUAUUACAACAUUUUACCUUUAAAUAAAGUUUUGCAACACAUUUUUUAAGCUUACAUUUAUGCACUUAAAUACAAAGUAUCCUGAUAGCUAAUGCACGCUGGAGAAGUACAGUAAAAAUAUAGUUUCUAAAUGAAUGAUAAAAGUAUUAAAUUGGAAUCCCUACUCUUUGGUUCUUUCGGGAAAGUCACGUAGAUAGAAAAUUAAUAGAUCACGUUUCGAUCGCAACACAAGCAAACGUCAUCUGGUGAAACAAACACAGCAGGAGAACUUGCUGACGUAGGUGGUGAUGAUAGCAUUGUGAAGACAUUGGAGCGUGAGGAAAUGCAAAACCACCCGUGUACUGAAGUUUUAAUAUUGUAUUUUGAAUUGCUACGCCUAACUCGUGUUUAUAUUUUGUGCACUGUGGAUAUCUUAAGACGAUGAAGAACAAUGCGGCAGUGCAAUUGAGCUACUGUUAGUGUAGCGUUGUGGACAAGUUACACGUCUGGCAAUAGGACAAAGCAAGUUUAUGUUAAAUGCUGAAUAGGCUCGAACUUGGAAGUUUAAUUUGUCCUGAAUCCAGUUUUAAAUCUUUAAUAGGAAAGCAGCUUGUGGAAGGCCGUCCCAGCCUCCCCCUUCCCCAUACUUAAUCAUGCUGAUUGUGAUUGCUGCUAAUUUAAAGCAGUUUGUUAAAAUUGCAUCAUUGAUACUCGGUUAUUGUUAAGAGGGCACGAGGUGUUUUGAUCCACUUCACGAUCGUAUUCGUCUUAACAUGCAAUGACUGGAAACAUGUUGAGCAUUGCAGACUUUAUUAAGUUGCGUGCAAAGUUCAUCUCAAAAGUGGUUUUUAUUUAUUAAUAUUGGCAAAUGUAAUCGAUCUGAAUCCAGAGAUUAUAUUAGCUUUCAGACCUGGGCUCAGUCGCUCUUGCGUACGUUUGAGAUUCCUCAAUUCUGCAACGAGCGAGGAGAGCGUACAAUAAUUUGAGACGCGCCGAUUGUUUGUUUGCGAAUCCUUGAUAUACAUCUUGAUUACCUCCUAAAAUACUCUAAAUUUGCCUUCCUAAUGUUUGAGGCUCAUUUAUCUUUAACUGCAUUCCUUUGCAAUAUUAGCAUGUGGUGAAGUAACUUAGGGCGCACGUUUAAACACACGCUUGUAUAAUUGUUGAACAGCAAGUAAAUUGGAUUCCACGUGUUGUAGCUGUGCCUCCUCAAUAACAUAGCUAUUCACUUGCGCUAAUUCACACGUAGUUGUUUAUUGGAUGAUUGCAAAAUGUGGAAAACUUGCCGAAAUAAUUUAAAUGAAAAAUGUUCAAAGUUGCUAUAUAGUAUUGUGUAGCUUCUCGUUAUGGGUUAAAAUACUGUGGUGCACUAACUUGCCUUUAGAAAACUGCACGCGGACACUGGAUGCUUACAUCACAAAGUAAAUGAAUUGCAAUUACUUGCUUAUGGUAGAUUCUACACAAAGGUGUGCUUGUGGUUCAUUGUUCAAAAGAGGACAAGGAGGUUUGGCUGUCGCUGACAGGUGGGAAGGCAUCUGCUUAUGAGGGAGGGUGCAGAGGAGGGUCGUGGAGAAGAGGAUACGUCAGGAUAGUGUGGGGUCAGAGUAGUGGAUGGUCACAGAAAUAUGAACAACACCCACGAAGAUAAAUCGGCACGUGCGUUUAACUCCCCGUGCAAUUGAGUUACAGCGAAGCGGUAGUUUGGUGUAUCGCACAGUUUAAGUGCAAGUGUUCCAGUACAUUUUAACCACAUUUUCCUUGCUUAUUAGCAUGACUUGCGGGUAAUGAACUGUUGUACCUUGCUUCCUUGUUCACAAACAACUCCACUGGUAUUCAGGCAAUAUAUGCAAUAUUUACAACAUGAAAACAACACUGGAAUUUCCCAUACCCAGGCUUGUAAUGGAAUGAAGUUCAUUGAUGUUGCUCUGCAGAUGCAUUUAAUCUACAUGAAUUAUAUUGGCUCUCAAAGAGACGUGCCAUUGCGUGUGUUUAGGUGAUGCUGCAAGUCAAUGUAGCGGACAUGCAAAUUCAUCAGUGUUCAUUGCCCUGUCGCUGGGGUUUGUGCGUUGUCUUUGUAGGUUCUACAGCCACAGCUUUACCAAGCCAUUCGAGGGACUGCUGGUUGAUAGUUAACUGGUAAUUACACAAUAACCAACAUAGCAAAUUGAGACGAACAACUUAACCUAGAAUAUACCGAAUUAUAUUUAUUUUUUCUGCAUUUUGUAGGUAGUGGUGAAUGGUUGUGAACGGUCGUCAUCCGUUUGUGAUAUUCCAGAGAAUCCGAGGGGUUCAUUGAAGGGAUUUGUAACCAUUUUGUGUGUGGCCAAGGAAGCGGUGAAGGCGGUGUUGGAUUUUCGUUUAAUAAUGCAUUCCUGUGUUUCAUGUUGGGGAGACAUUACCAUUAAAACUAGUUUAGAUGUAAAUACUGAAAUGGUAAAUUGCUAAAACCUUCUUUUUGCUGUGAUUGAUCAUUUCUGAUCACACUCGGCUUGUGCCAGCACACACUGCAUAGGCGCGAAUGCUUUUGUAUUACAGUACUUCACUGCUUCGUCUUAUGUGAAGCGGUCUUAAGCGAAUCGUAAAAAUCAAUUGUUCCUGUGGCUGAAUUGACUACCCCCCCCCAAUCCCUUAGCUACUCUUUAUUUUAUUCGUAAGGGAGGGCAGAAAAUACCUUUACAUUUACGCUGUACUCGCUACAACGUUUUGGUCAUGGGACGACAUUGCACGACUCAACGGUUUCUUCUUCGUUUCAAACGGCAUCCAACAACUUGUGGGGGGUGUUGCCUGGUUGUGCAGCUGGGGAUCUGCAUUCCGGAUGGAUAUUUGCGCUAUCGGCACGUCUGUAAACCACCGAGCAUUGGGACUACAUGUUAAGCGCAAAGGAGGCUUUUGUCAUGGGACUAACCCACAUACGAUUGCAGGAGGGUGUGUGCCUUACCGACAUGUGCACGAGGAGCCUACAUGCCUGGCAAGGAGCCUUGCACCCCUUGCCAAGGUAUGUAGGCAUCAUGUCAAAUCGCUAGGCUAGACAGGGGUAGUAUUGCUUCUCUAAUUUUCCGUGUGGGAUUUAGCAGUUGAGCGACUAACAUUCCCCUGCCAGCAUCGCAAUAUGCGUCUCACCGCCCUGCGUGAAAUGUUUAAUUUCAUUGAAGCGGAUCCGUUUUGGCCGUGAGGAUAUUCUAAUGACAACUGUGCAUACACCCUUCGAUUCUGAUUUAGGAUAUUGUGGCAGUUUUUGUUUAAUAAAAAGGGCCUCGUGCAUUGGAAA